GGGUAAUCGCCAUGGAACGAGAAGCGAGCAAGGCGGUUGCCCAUUGAACCGACGCGUCCAGCAGCCGCCGUGCCUCGGGCGCCCAGAGCCAUGCGGCUCGUCCUGGCCAACGGGCUCUUCUGGGGCAACGCCCUGGUCGCCACCCUGGCCGUGGGUAUCACGCUGCUCGGCGCCAGCUUCGGAGUCCGAUGGAAGAGGCACAUCCUCGCCCUCAUGCCAGGACACCACCUCUCACUGGUCUCCGUCUUCAUAGUGGGCAGUGGCUGCGUGCUUCUCGUGGUGAGUGUGUUCGGGCUGUGCAUCUCGUGGCGACUGCGCAAGCGCGACCGCGUCAAGGAGGGCGGACUGUCGGCCGAGCGCGGCGCGCGCGGCUGCGCCGUCUACAACGCCAUGGCCGUGGUGGUGAUCGUCAACGUAGCAGUGAGCUCGCUCAUCGUGUACCGGUACGUGAUGCGCGCCCGGCUGGAUGUGGACGAGGACCUCAAGUACGCCAUGUACCAGUACUUCGUGGACGCCUCGUCGCGCGACAAGCUCGACAACCUGCACCGCGAGUUCAAGUGCUGCGGCGUCCGUAACUACACCGACUGGACUACGGCCACCACGGGCAUCACCGACCAGGAUGGAGGACGCAAGUGCGUCGUGCUCUGCUCCCGACUGUUUCUGCGCGGUUGA